AUGGACGUUCUCAAAAAUAAUUUCCACGAGCUUUUGCCAACUAUUACAGAAGCUAUUCAAGGGGCCGAUUUUAUAGCUAUAGAUACUGAAUUAACAGGACUUAGCGAACACAUUGAACGAAUUAAAAGUUUUGAUGAUCCUCGAUCAAGAUAUUUAAAGGUUCGAGCAGCAGCUACCAAGGCAAGUCAAAACGCGUCGUAUCCGAUACAUAUUAAAGAAGAAGAUACUUUUGUUGCUCGCCCCUAUAAUUUCUAUAUUUUUCCUGCUAAUUCUGAUAGAAGAGAUUUCAACGAUAUUUGUUUCAUGUGUAGUGGAUCAAGUUUACAUUUCUUGAUGAAAUGUGGUUUUGAUUUUAACAAGUUGAUUUCUCAAGGAUUACCAUAUUUGAAUCAUACGGAUGAAGUAAAGCUUUUACAGAAAAGGGCUGAUAUUGCACAAAGGCAGACAGAUAGUCCACCGGAUGAUGAAACUAAAGUGUUCGUGGAUAAAGCUAUUGCUUCAAUCGAAGCGUGGUUAGACACUAAUGAAAAACAGUUAAAAAUAUCAACCCCACAUAUUAGUCAGAAACGACUGAUAUUUCAGGAAAUCAGGGCAAGGUUCAGUGGACUCGUCUCUGCAGAGAGCAAGCCUAAAUGUAUAGUGCUUGGAAAGUUGUCAGAUGAACAAAAGGAUAAAUUUUCCCGAGACGAGGCAGUUGAAGCUUUAGCUUCUAGUAUAAAUUUUCGAGUUAUUAUUGAGCUCUUGAUACAAUCCAAAAAACCUCUGGUAGGUCAUAAUUGUCUCCUGGAUAUUUGUCAGGUUGUUCAUCAAUUUUGGCAAGAUUUGCCGGAAAAUUUGAAGGAGUGGAAAAAACUCGUGCACGAAUUAUUCAAUAUAGUUAUUGACACAAAGCAUUUGGCAGCAACACAUCGAAAGUUGCAGUCACUUUUACCAAGAAAUAGUGUCCAAGAUAUUUUAGAAGUUGUUCAAUAUGAACAAUUUGAGAAGUUAGCUCCGAAAGUUGUUCUGGACCCUAAAUUCACUCAAUAUACGUUGAAUGAUGUAAAUAAGAAUCACGAGGCCGGUUACGACGCGUAUAUUACUGGGUAUAACUUUAUCAGAAUGGCAGUAUUUAUUCUCCAUGAAAAAGGUACAAUAUAUGGAGAGAAGGUUGAUGUUUAUGCUAAUGUAUUGGGUGAUUGUCCGGAAAACGGACUGCCAAAUGAAGAUAUGGAAACACCUCCAGAUGAAAUAGAAAAAGAUGAAAUGAAUUUAUUUCAGUAUAUGAUGUCAACAGACAAAUUGACGCGUUUUUAUAAUAAAUUACAUCUAUUGAGAUCAGAUUUCAAAUAUAUAAAUUUGGAUGGUGAUGACGGAUUUCCUCCAACAAGAACGAAUGGAUUCUUGUUAUCAAAAAUUCCAGUAUCUUGCUCUAAAGCGACAAUGAAUGUCAUUUUUGAAGAAUAUGGAGAAAUAUUUUUUCAAUGGAUUGAUGAUACUCAUUGUUGGCUUACUGUUAAAAGUGAUAAGAAAGUAAAUAAAGUUCCAACUGGAGUUUUGGGUCAGUCAAAAAUGUUUUCAGAGUUUCUAGAAGGUGGUAAAAAAUAUGAUUUGGCACAAGAAAAAGGAAUUACAAAGGAAAUGGGUAAAAUUUAUAUUCAAUCAUUCGGUGAUUGGAUACAAGGAAUAUUAAACGCAGAAGAAGAAGAGGAAAAUGGAAUUGAACCUCAAGAUACUGAUAACAUAUCAGUCGAUGGAAUAAAGGAUGAAACUUAUGAUAAUCCUAUUGAAGAGAUAGAAUUUGAAUAUAAAGAACCUUUCUCGAUCCCUCGAGAUGAAGUAUCAACCUGGGGAUGUUUAAAUGAUGACUGGAAUGAAAAUGAUAAUGCAAUAGAUACCUCGAGUGGAUGGGGUCAACCUCCUACAUAUUUCUCAGAUACAAUAAAUACCAGUACUAAACGUACGCUGUCGUCACAUAUAACCGAUGAAGAUAGUUGUAAUGGAAAUAAAAUUAACGAAAAUGAUAUAUGUGGUGAUUUUAAGAGAACAAAAAUUGGGUAG